CAAAUCAAUUGAUAAUUUACAUAAAAGUAGCUAUACAUAACCUAUGGUUAACAUUGAUUAAGAGGAAAUAGUGUUUUCAGUAUACUGUGAUUGAAAACGGACACACUUGUAAAUAUAGGAAAUGAAAAUCAAAUAAGAUUUAUAUAUACAUGCACCUAAGUUUGAGAUGAAUUCCUUAAAAAAAUGGGAACAAAUAUAAAUAAAUAGUUUCCAUUUUGUUUUAAAUAGUUUGGAAAUUGUGAUUUCAGACCGAAAAAGGAAUUACAAAGUGAAGUUUACAAGUAAUGAUUUAAAAGUGUUAAUGGUGAACUGUAAUGAAGACUGAUAUUAGGAUAGAAUGGAGGUAGCCGGAUAUCGAUGAACCUGGCAAACUCUUUCUAGCGUAAAUGGAGUUUUCAUGUUAGAAACUUAACUUUGCAAAUGAUAAAUAUCUGCAUACUACUGUAUUGAUAUUCAGCUGAUGUGACAAUGUUUUCAGGAGUUGUAACAGGGGACGUGCAGAGUCUACUUGAGACGACAAAUCAUCUUUCUCGUUUAACUACACGCCAGCAAAGUGAGGAAUCCAUUCAUAAACAACUGGCUGCAUUCGAACGCCUACUCCAGCACACGAUGUCCAGAUACUCGAAUGAAAACACAUACUACCUCUUACGUCACAUCACGCGAUGGGCAGAAGCCAAUCAAACGUCGUCUCAAAAGAACGCUACGACAGUUUCUGUCAAGCUAACUUCUGUAAAUCAAAUCCAAGAAUUCAUGGAAUUGAUGAAGACUAAGGUAAAGACAAAAUCACCUGACGAGGAAACGGUAUUCAAAAAUUUUGAACUCUUCUUAAAUGAUCUCCUCUACCUUAAAGACUUGAAGAAAUACUUUGAUGAUGAGAUAUAUGCAGCUCUGAUGAAAUACCACUUCGAUUCAAAUGUUGAAACUCUCCGUUCUGAUGCCACAAAUGACAGCAUUGAGAAAAUGAAACACAUACGAACCAUUAAGCCAGAGGAUGAGGACAGCGGUAACGGUUCGCAAAUGGAGACAGACGAAAACCGAAUAUUCAGAAAAGUUAACACGUUCAAGAAAAAGAAAUCAAAAGCAAUACCCGACAGAACAAAAGGUGACGAAGAGAAACAAUACAAAGAAACAGUUGCCGAACUUCGUUUAAUUCUAAGCAAAUGGGAUGGACUUCUGUCGGAAGAUACACUAAAUGUAGACGAUUUCGAUCCGGACAGUUACCAUGAAUUAAUGCAAUUUAGUAACUAUGCGCAAUUUGAAACCCUGCUUAGACUCGUGCCAGAUAUAUUUGCUAAAUGCUAUAAAAGCAUAGAUCUUGCCAAAACGUGGCUGCGAUUAUCAAAUAUUGUCAUGAAAGAGGAACCUCCAGUCAAUCUGUCUCCCGUUAGUGACUCGGUGGAACCGGAAUUGCUUGAUCAUGUUGAGAUGAAAGAAUCUGAGAAAUCAACAAAAGACUUUUUGCAAGAAGUUAGACAUAUUCAAAAUCAAAUACAGAAUGUAGACAAAUCUAUUGGUGAAGAUGUUUCACUUUUACAUAAGUAUAACAAAGAAAUAGACAUUCUCGUCGGACGCGAUGAACGGUUUUCUACAGUAUAUUCACACGUGGAGAAAAUUGACUCUCUCAUAACAAUGGCUGCUGGGGAAUAUCAAAAAUCAAAAACUGAACAGUAUGCAGUUGUGAGUAAGAUGAAAUCCUGCAAGAAAGGGACGCCGACUUAUGAUGAGUUGAAAACUAACCUGAAGAGGCUUGACACAGAGGUGGCACAGAGUCACUGGAAAAUAAAACGACUGGAAUAUGAAAGGACUAUGUUUCAAGAGGACUUACUUGUUGAGGCGGAAGUUCGUCCAAGCUUCAUAAGAUUUAUUGGUGACACAAAGGAAAAAAUGAGUGACCUUGAAAAACUACUUAAUGUCAAACGCGAAGAAAAAUUAAAGCUCGAAAAGCAGCUCGCGUUGAUGAAAACAAACACAGACCGCAUGCGUAAAAUCAUGCGCACGUAUUUAGGCAGUGCAUCGACUAGAGGAGACGAUAUUUCACGCGAGUCUUCCCUUCUCUCAGAUGAUUUAAGUGAAAUCCCAUUGGUGGAUGGUAACGAGGCUGACGAUGAUUCAUCUGGUCCCUAUGACAAAGAGAGAACAUUACAUAAUGUAAAUCAUAACAAUUCAGCAAGUGCGGUAUCUCGGAAACAAAAACUUGCGGUGAAGGACCUACGACCGUCUUCUGAACAACUUUCUAAGUCAAGUCCAAAACCACUACCAAAUUUAGGUAGAGUCUCAAGAGUUGGACCCAAAGCUGCUUUAAAGACAACACCGAAACGCGUGUGGGAAAACGUUUAAGACUCACAGUUUGUGAAUGAACGUUCCGCUAACAACGUUUACAAAAACCAUGUGCAUUUGUGAAAUUAAUGUACAAAAACUAUACUGAAACGUGUUUAUUGAA